GAUGUACAAUAAGCUAUUAUUAUUAUUGUAAAUUGUGAUAUAAGCGACGAUUUUAUAAAGUUUUAUUAAUUAUGUAUGUAUAUGAAACAAAAUACAUUAUUGACAUUGUUUGCUAAAUUGUUAAACUGAAGAAAAUGUUACAACAACGAAAGUCACCACUAUUUUUUGAAAUAUUUUACGAAUGUAAAACUACAAAAGCUAGAACUGGUAGGAUGACUUUCAUUCAUCAUCAUGUGGAUACACCAGUAUUUAUGCCAGUAGGUACACAGGGUACUUUAAAAGGCAUAUUACCUCAACAAUUAGAACAAUUGAAUUGUCAAAUUAUACUUGGAAAUACAUAUCAUCUUGGAACAAGACCUGGUCUUAAUAUAAUGCAGAAAGCUGGUGGUUUACAUAACUUUAUGAAUUGGAAAAGAGCAUUAUUAACAGAUUCUGGUGGUUUUCAAAUGGUAUCAUUACUAGAACUUGCUAAAAUUACGGAAGAAGGUGUCAAAUUUAAAUCACCAUAUAAUGGAACAGAUUGCAUGUUGACACCUGAACAUUCUAUACAAAUACAAAACAUAAUAGGAGCAGAUAUAAUUAUGCAACUUGAUGAUGUUGUUAAAACUACAUUAACAGGACCAAGAGUAGAAGAAGCAAUGCAUAGAACAACUAGAUGGUUAGAUAGAUGUUUAAAAGCACAUCAGAGAUCAAGUGAGCAAAGUAUAUUUCCAAUUGUACAAGGUGGUCUUGAUCCUAAACUUAGAUCAGAAUGUGCAAAUCAAUUAAUUAAACGUGAAGUGAAUGGCUAUGCUGUAGGUGGAUUAAGUGGUGGAGAAUCUAAAGAUGAUUUUUGGAGAAUGGUACACCUUACUACAAAUAUACUUCCAAAAACUAAACCACGUUAUUUAAUGGGUGUUGGAUUUGCUAUUGAUUUAGUUAUUUGUUGUGCUUUGGGAAUAGAUAUGUUUGACUGUGUAUUUCCUACAAGAACAGCGAGGUUUGGCUGUGCUUUGGUACGUACUGGUCAAUUAAAUUUAAAACAAAUUCAAUAUCGUAAAGAUAUGAGGCCAAUAGAUGAAUCAUGUGAAUGUAGUACAUGCAAAACGUACACACGUGCUUAUCUUCAUCAUAUUGUAACAGUAGAAACAGUUGCAUGUCAUUUACUAUCUGUUCAUAAUAUUGCAUUCCAAAUGAAAUUGAUGAAAGACAUUAGACAAAGUAUUCAAGAACAAAGAUUCCCAGAAUUUAUACAGGAAUUCAUGUUAGAUUUGUUUCCAAACAAGGAAUAUCCCCCAUGGAUAGUUAAUGCAUUGGAAGCUGUUAAUGUUACAUUAUUAUAGUAGUAAUUAUUAUUUAUUUCCAUAAUAAAAUAUGUCUUGUAUAAUUUUUUAAUGUCCUUUAUAGAAAUAAAUGUUUGAAAAUUUUA